AUGGCCUUAGAAGCAGCAAUUCAAUUGGUGGGAGGAAAACUUGCACCUGCCUCCCAGCCGGAUCAGCCACCCAUCACUCACCCUCAACAAGAUCCACAUUCAAAGCAUCCCCAGUAUCACCAUAAUCCACCACAACCAAGGAAUCCUCAAGGACUGGAGCAACCUCCUACUGCUCUACAGGAGAGACCAGUCGAAAAUCCUAAGCAGCAACCACCCUCUCGAUCUGGUCGAGAUAACGCUCAGCAGCAAAGGCAGAAUAAGGUCGAGCAGCAUCACAGAAACCCUAGACGCCAGACAGCUUGGGAGCAAAACCCUCAUAGCAGGGGACAACAUCCCUCAGAAGGUAGAAGACAGGCGGAUUCAGGCUUUGCGGUGAGAGGUCCCCCACGACAUAGUAAUGUCAGAGGACCUACUGACCAACACAGGCCUCCCCCUGUCUAUCGAGACAUACCAGCAGAGAGAGAGGGAAACAGUGCGAACAGCAGGUCGCAUACUCAUAGGUCGCAAUUUAGAGAUGGCCAUGAUUAUAAUGAGGCGGACUCUAGGAGGAGGAAUGCUGGUCGACAAAAGGAAGAGGGGGGUGAACGACAAAACCCUCCACCAAUGUAG